AUGAAUUUUCAAGCACCGAGCCUUUUCCAUGGUAGGACCCAGAAGAAACGGAAUCUUAAGCAGUUGGCGUUACCACAGAAUGCAAUUGAUGGGAAUGCGUAUGGAUGUGAAAUAACGACCAGUGCACAGGAGCAUGGCAGUAGCAAUGAAAAUUUACAUGACAUGAAUAAUAUAAGACUUGGAUCAUCUUCCUCAUCGUCAUCAGGUAAAUUAAAUUUCCCCAAAAAUGAUGCAAGUAAUCUAUAUCUCCGAAGGGGAUUCAAAGGUAAGAUUCAUUUAAACAAUAACUCAGCACUCGACCUGAAGAACGAGAAUAGAAAUGGUAGUAAUGAGGGUUUGGGGAUGGUACAACAGUCUUUUGUAGUUAGUAGUCCAACUAAUUCGUCACCAUCCACUACUACAAGUCUUAAUCAUGUAUUUACCCCGAUGGAUGAAGAGGUAUCUGUGGGAUUACCAGAGGGCGAAUUGUCGAAAUCUUCGAUUUUCAGGAAUAGUGAUUCAAGUACAAGUGGUACUACGGGCAAUUCGAUCAAAUUAGACAAUCUGGUUCAGUUGGGGAAGAUCGGUUCGGGAAAUUCAGGUACAGUUAUAAAGGCGUUACAUGUACCUGACUCUAGAAUUGUUGCCAAGAAAACUAUUCCCGUUGAAAAUAAUAAUCAUUUAGUAGUAAAUCAACUGGUUAGAGAAUUAACCAUUAUGAAAAGUGUUCACAUGCAUGAUAAUAUAGUUUCGUUUUACGGUGCAUAUUAUACACACGCAAGUAAUAAUGAAAUCAUCAUACUGAUGGAAUAUAUGAAUUGUGGAUCUCUGGAUAAGAUUCUUUCAGUUUACAAAAGGUAUGUGGCAAGACAUACAUCAAGUAGAGCUGUACCUUGGUUUAAUGGAUUAGUCAUUUCAAAGAUUUCCAAUGGCGUAUUAAACGGGCUAUUAUACCUUUAUGAACGUUAUAAAAUUAUUCAUCGAGAUAUUAAACCCUCGAAUGUCUUGAUUAAUAGUAAAGGUCAAGUUAAAAUUUGCGAUUUUGGAGUUUCCAAAAAAUUGAUUAAUUCGAUUGCCGAUACCUUUGUUGGUACCUCAACAUAUAUGUCGCCUGAACGUAUACAGGGGAACGUUUACUCGAUAAAGGGUGACGUUUGGUCACUGGGUCUUGUAAUUAUUGAAUUGGUAACGGGCGAAUUCCCAUUAGGUGGUCAUAAUGACACUCCUGAUGGUAUAUUAGAUCUUUUACAGAGAAUUGUCAAUGAGCCAUCUCCGAAAUUACCACAGGGACAAGGUUAUGAAUUCCCGAAGGAAAUGAUUGACUUUGUUAAUAGAUGUUGCGUUAAAGAGGAAUCUCAAAGGUCGUCGAUACAAGAAUUGUUAUGCCACGAUUUCAUAAACAUGUACAAAUCAAGAGAUAAGGAUUAUAAACACUGGUGUAAAAAGGUUAAAGUAAGGAUAAGGGAGGAUAAACAGAUUAGACGUGAAGAUAAUGAACGUGUAAAACUUGAACAGAAACAAUUAGAGAAAGCCGCAGAAGCUGCUACAACAGCAAGGCGGUCGUGA